UCUUGAGGAGCCUAAUUGGAAGCAGCAGAGCUUUGAGACUGCUAGACACUGGGCUCUCUGUUGCUCUGUGGAAAGAGCUUUGCCUUGGCAUCUAUUGAAUUUGACUGCAGAGAACACUGCUUGGAGGAAAGGGUUACUCUGUUUGGCCUGGCAGAAACUCCACGAAGCCCAACUUGCCGCCAGCAUGCUGCUCCUGUUGCUGAGUAUCAUUAUCCUACACGUCGCGGUCUUGGUGCUGCUCUUCGUCUCCACCAUCGUCAGCCAAUGGAUGGUGGGACCGGACCAUGCCACUGACCUCUGGCAGAACUGCAGUAGCUUGUCCUCAAAAACUAUCUACCACUGUUUCUCAACAUCAACAAAUGAAUGGCUACAGUCUGUCCAGGCCACUAUGAUCCUGUCUAUCAUCUUCAGCGUACUCUCUCUGUUCCUGUUUUUCUGCCAGCUCUUCACCCUUACCAAGGGGGGACGUUUUUACAUCACUGGAGUCUUCCAAGUCCUUGCAGGUCUCUGUGUGAUGAGCGCAGCAGUGAUCUACACAGUGAAGCACUCAGAAUGGCAUUUCAACACUGAAAAUUCGUAUGGUUUUGCCUACAUGCUAGCCUGGGUUGCCUUCCCACUGGCUCUUCUCAGUGGCAUUGUCUAUGUAAUCUUGCGGAAGCGUGAAUGAGGUGCCCAAAUAGUGUCUGUGGCUCUGAGCUUAUACAGGGAAGGAAGGAAGGACCAGAAAAAAAAAUAAGAAAGACAAAAAUGGAACUAGUCGCAGAUCCCACACUCAAAACAAACCAAAUGGAAAGUAGUCAAGAGAUGAUUAGCAUUGAAGAUGUAUAUAAUAUCUAUGGUUUAUGAAACCUAUUUAUAACACUUUUUACAUAUAUGUACAUAGUAUUGUUUGCUUUUAUGUUGACUAUCAGCCUUGUGUUGAACUUUAAAGAAGUAGCUAAGGAAAUUUACACUCUAACUGUAUAAGCAAGCUCACUUUGUUCUUUGUUUGUUUUAUUUUCUGUUGUUUUACUCAGAAAUAAAAUAACCCCAUCUUAUUCCUCCCCUUUCAUCUGAAAAAAAAAAUACCUCCCUCCCAUUCAACCUCAUUUAGAAAACCAAAGUGUGAUCAAAACACUGAAUGGCCAGAAACACUUUCAUCAUGGGUAACCCUGUGCAUCACACAGAGACAGGCACUGCUCACACCUUUGCAUGAAGCCUAAUGCAUGUACAGAUGAGGCCCCAAACUGGACCCUUAGCUAAAACAUAUCUUGUGUCCUAGAGCCUUUCAGGAUAUGAAUCCUGGUCAUGUGUCUGGACGAAAAAUAAAUGACAAAUGACCUAUAAAAUGGUGCUAUGUAUUUACCAUUCCUUAUUAUCAUUAAUCAUCUAAACUACUCACUGGAAACACAAUUAACACUUUUACAAGGUAAAUUAGAAAAGAGACCCAAAUAAUUCUCUGUAAUAUAAAUGAUUUAUAACCUCUUUUAUAUCUAGCUAGGCUGCUCUUAUUAUGAUGAUAAAUAAAUAAUAGAUAGCCUUUAUCACUUCCACAAUUUUCUUAUAGUCAGAGCAUCAGGAUAAACCUAGACCCCAUGGAACUGAAUUCCCAGGGUUUAUCUGAGUCUAGGCUGCUCUCUGCCUCUAAGGACUGUCUGGGAAUGACUUGUAUUGGCCACCAACUUUAGAUGUAUAUAUGGUGCCCUUCUGAUGCUAAGACUCCAGGCUUUUUAUGAUUAUAUUUUUGCUUUGCUUUUUCUGAGUAUAUACCAACUGUGGACUAAGAUGCAUUAAAAUAAACAUCAUAGUAACUCA